ACACGCGUUUCAGUGAUAACUGAUAUAAGAUCAGGCUUGAUUGUGUCUGUAUGCUGCUUAUCUGCCUCUACGCCAGCCCUGUAAACAGAACAGAUGGGUUCCUAGUCCUAUCAGUCCUGUAACUCAAACAAGAUAGCAGAACGAAGAAGAGAUGUUGUUGCUUCUUUGUGUGUGGCUGUUGGGGACGUCCCUGCUGGUGGCGGGUACUCCGAAGAAAGGGGUGUGUUUGUACAUGAAGGCGUACCACUGCAACGAUACACAGGCCCUCCGUGACGUCAGCUGGUGGUAUGACUGGGGCAUGGAUCACAACAAGCAUCAUGAGCUUGGCUGUCAGGGUCAGCCCCGGGGGGAGUUCGUGCCCAUGGUCUGGGGCUACUGGGGUCAGAAGAUGAACUUCCCAAGCUCCUCCCACCACGUUCUUGGCUUCAACGAACCCAACCACAGAGACCAGUCCCACAUGACCCCUCAAGCUGCUGCCUCGCACUGGCGGGAGCUCCAAUCAGGGGCCCACGGUAUGUCCUUGGUCAGCCCGGCUCCUGCUCGAUGUGGCAGUGUUGGAGGACUAUGUACAGAGGAAACCUACAAAUGGCUAGAUGACUUCUUCAAAGCUUGCAGCAGCUGUCAGGUCGACUUCGUGGGGGUCCACAGCUACACUUGCAGCGCUGACAACGACAUGAGGUUCCUGGAAACCGUGUUCCAUCGGUACCACAAGAAGGUCUGGCUCACAGAGUUUGCAUGUCCCUAUUCCUCCUCCCUAUCCCAUAUUGAAAACUACAUGAAAGCAAUCAUCCCUCGACUUGAGGCUGCUCCGUUUGUGGCCCGCUAUGCGUGGUUCCAGGCUCGGAUAACGCACGGUGAUAACUUCAUCCACAAGGAGAACAGUCUUCUGGAAGCUGACUCUUCCAAGCUAACACCCCUUGGGAGAUUGUAUAAUUCUCUUCAUUAAGGAUUUAAUUAAAUUGUGUACAAUC